AUGAACUUCAUUCGCUCCAAGCGCGCCAAAUCAUACUAUCCUACCGAGGAUGACCGGCCGGCAAAGCGCAUCUCGACACCGGCUGGCCAGCGUCUCUCCGUGAUCCUCGAAGCCAAACGCGGCAAAUCACCUGCGGCCACACCGUCCAAGACGGCCAAGAUUGAGGUCACCACCGAAAGUACAUUCUGCAACGACCCAUCGCAUCAGCAUGUCGGACCGGUACAGCAUGGACAUGUGCACAGGAACGAGAAGAAGGGUGGCUUUAUGUCGGUGUUGACGGGCGGCAGACUGACCACGCCGAGGGAGAGCAGCGAGGACCGACCACACAAUGGGAGCAAUCUUAGUGUCAGCGUAUGGAGUGAUAGAGAUGAAGAGAAGUUUGGACACGUCCGGCAACGAAGACGACGGGGGCUCAGUGCCUGGGGAUGGAAGAAGAUUGCUGUAGUUGCCGCUAUCAUCAUUGCGCUGAUUGUGGCUUUGGGCGUUGGGCUGGCCAUGGGACUGAAGAAGGAUCACAAGAGCAGUUCAUCUGAAGCUUCCACAUCUACAGGCGGCUCAACAUCGGCUGGUAGCGACAGCAAACCUGCAUCAGACAGCAACUCCGACUCAAACUCACCCACCGCCACCGACUCUCCCUCAUCCGUAUCCUCAUCUUCUUCCUCACCCGCUGUCCCCUCGAACUUCCCAGUCGGUAGCUGGUCGCUUGUACUGUUCCUCGACACCGUCAACACCGGAUGUACCGCGGAUCCCGAUACCUGGACCUGCCCGCCAAACACAAAUUACUACGACGAUCCACAAAAAGCUCUCACGAUCCUCAACUGGGACAUCAGCGGCUCAUCAGGCUCGUAUAAGAUAUCGUCCGGCGCACAAGACGACACGUUCGAUACUACAUUCCAAAAUGAAGAUCUCGAAUUGUUAGACUCAGGGAAGGACACGGAGCGAUACAGGUUCCAGAUCUCGCGGUCAAAGACUGUCAACGUGACUGGUAGUCUUGGAAACAAGAGGGGCGACUUUGAGUGCGACUACGGUGCGACGAACGUGAACGGGUAUCUGUACACGAAGAUGCAGCAGACGUAUCCAGACGACACCAUCGCUGUGGGAAAGGUCGCGAACAAAGCAUGGCCAUACGCCGCACGUAUCGAACAAAGUGUAGCAGGUGGACAAGGGAUACCAGCUUGCACGAGCUCAUCCGGCGAUGACGCCAAGCUCAAGGCUCAGGAUGCCAGCACAUUGUGCUCCUGUCUCUACAAGAACUGGACACCCCAGUCUUCAUUAUAG